AUGCUCUAUCUGCAGCCUCCACCACUGCCGCAGCCUCCACCACUGCCGCAGCCUCCACCUCUACCACAGCCUUUAUCCACCUCUACUGCAGCUUCACACACCGGCCCCACCCUCAACAGCCUCCACCUCCUUCAACCUCCACCCACUCAUCAACCUCCACCACUCCAACAGCCUCCACCGCUCCAACAGCCUCCACCACUCCAACAGCCUCCACCGCUCCAACAGUCUUCACCACUCAACAGCCUCCACCACUCCAUCAACCUCCACCCUCAACAGCCUCCACCUCAUUCAGCCUCCACCACUCCAUCAACCUCCACCCCUCCAACAGCCUCCACCUCCUUCAGCCUCCACCACUCCAUCAACCUCCACCACUCCAACAGCCUCCCACCGCUCAACAGCUCCACCACUCCAACAGCCGCCACCGCUCCAGCAGCCUCCACCACUCAGCAGCCACCACACCGGCCCCACCCCUCCAACAGCCUCCACCCCUUCAGCCUCCACCACUCCAUCAACCUCCACCACUCCAUCAACCUCCACCACUCCAACAGCCUCCACCGCUCCAACACCUCCACCACUCCAACAGCCUCCACCACUCCAACAGCCUCCACCACUCCAACAGCCUCCCACUCCAACGGCCUCCACCACUCCAACAGCCUCCACCACUCCAACAGCCUCCCCCUCCAACAGCCUCCACCCUCCAACGGCCUCCCACCACUCAACGGCCUCCACCACUCCAACAGCUCCACCACUCCAACAGCCUCCACCACUCCAACAGCCUCCACCCUCCAACAGCCUCCACCCUCCAACAGCCUCCACCACUCCAACAGCCUCCACCACUCAACAGCCUCCACCACUCCAACAGCCUCCACCACUCCAACAGACUCCACCACUCCAACAGCCUCCACCUCCAACAGCCUCCACCCUUCCCGUAAAUCAUGA